AUGCUGCCACCUGUCGGCGACUCUCAGUAUGUGUUAUCCAGCUAUUUGUGACCAUUGAGUUAGCUUCUCCCUCGCCUUCCUCGUAUGCUAACCUGUCUGCAUCGAUAAAACAACCUUAAAAUGAAUCCUCAGAAUAAUAAUGUCCCUUUACAGCCUUCAGCAACAAUGCCAUCAAAACGCCAAAGGAAGAGGAACCAGCAGAACAGAAUUCCCUUUGGCUACAAAGAAGCUAUGAAGUUCAUCUCAGUGAAGCUGUCACACUACACAAAGAGAAUGCAAUCUGAUAUAGAGCAAGAGGAGGAGACAUCUGAGGGACCGACUGAUUUUAAAUGGAGGUCUUCAUUUAAAGCUGUAGAUAAAUCAGAAGAGGGCCCCUCUGUGGAGAAUACCGCAGCCAGUGCAAAUAGGGAUGAGCUGUAUAAUCCUUUUGAACCUGCCUCAUCAGACUCUGAGCCUGAGAUCCCCCAGCACGAAGAGCAGAAUCAGUCCAAUCCUGUCCAGGACCUGGAAAGUCAAAGUUUGUCUCCAAAUCAAAGCUGCAGUGAACAAAGCCACUGGGACUCAUCUGUCUUGAGGCCUGGGAGCCGACCCCUUGACAGUCUUGACUUUGAAAAUCAAGGUCUCAGUCCAGGUCAUAGACUGACUGAUCAGGGGGAUUAUAGUCCAGAAACUGAAUUACUUAACCAAGCAGGCUUUGACCCCAUAAGCAGACCUGUGGACCACCAAGUCUGCAGCCCUGAAAGGGUUAUUCCCAGCUCCUCCACUCAACUAUUUCCUCCAUCUUAUGGAGGACAGAGGACCAAUGGAGAGGGGAGGAUGGCAGUCCCAGAGUACAGGAGAGAGGUGUCACCAUUAAGACAGAUGACCACUGUAAGAUUAUCACCUCCCCGGUUAAAACGAGACUAUCCGCAACAUUUGGGGUACAAUGAAACAGAACUGGACCAAAUCCCACCUCCCAACAAGGUGACAAGACUCUGUGGCAAAAAUGUCAUAAUGGACAAGACCCCCAUCUACUGUGACCUUUGUGAUGUCGAGUUAGCGAAUGGUCAGGAGCUGGAAGAUCACCUGGAAAGCAAGGGUCACUGGGGCACCAUGGAGCACAUCCAGCAACACAAUAACUACGAUGAUGUCAUAUUAGCCUUCCUGCAGGACUUCAUGAUGUAUAAAAGCCAUCAGUGUAGUCGCGCCAUAGAGGAUUGUGCCCUUCCAGCUCUGCAGGAGAAUGACCACAUGACAAAGAUUGAACUCUUCAACUGUGCCGCCUGCAAAGUGUUCGUGUCCACAUCGGCGGCCUCAGUGCAGACUCACAUAACCUCUCAGGAACACCUUGAUAACACAAAGGAGUUUGAAUCGCAGCAGAGACGUGUUUGCCUUGACAAAGCAGAAACCAUGAUGAAUGAGCUGAAGCCUCAGUUUGAACACUUCUUGAAGGGGGGAAGCACAUCCGAAUGACGGAAGUAAUAGCCUCCAAUGUCCCGUCAACACUGAGAUCCAGCUCAGCUUCAGACGAAGAUCCUCCGAUUUGAAUUGCCUUCUUCACAUCAACAGCAGUGCACCUCUCGUAUAUAGAGAACACACACUGAUCCUGUCAUUCAUGAGUUGUCUGAAUACAUGGAAGCAUUUCUAAGUUGUUUUUGUCCACACAGCAUGCAUUUUGUAGCAUCAAUCUUUCUCAGUUCACAUUCUGUUUGUAUUUAUGUUCGCUCCAAUACUCCAGAGACUGUCAUCACUUUCCGUCACUUGAAGAAGAUCAAGUUUGUAAUGUAUGUAAACCAGUCAAUCAAUGUUUUUGUAACUUGUGUGCAAAAAGUGAUUGAAAAAAAAAGUCAACUUGC